GCUUCCCACGGAUCUUUUGGUUGAAUUUGUUGUGGAUUGAAGGGCGAUUCUUGUUUCUUUAGAAAGAGUAACUUUGUUAAGGCUGUGGCUAUUCGCCUAUUCCCCUCGAUCUCGAGAGAGAGAGCCCUUUGGAGCUCUUCUCCUAUGCUUUCUUCUCCGCAUUCCCCAUACUUUUGUCCAAUCUGACUUUGUAGCAAUCAACCAAGAUCUGUGUUGCAACAUGAGGUUCUCAUCCUUUGCCGUUGGCUCCUUUCUACUGGGCGUCAGCAUGAUGUCGCAUUCCUGUGUGGCAGGAUUUGUGGUACCGCCCACUGCCAGCGAUAUCCACCAUUCUUCCACUACAUGUAGUCUCUCCAUGUCUACACCACAAGAGCAGCGUGCCGCUGUUCUGAGCGAAUAUUUGGCCAAGGCUCACGAAGAAAAGCUAAAGGCCAUCAAGGCAGCCGAAGAUAAGAAAAAUGCUGAGAUUCAAGCGCUCAAAGUGCAACUGGCUGCAGCCCAAAAGUUCGAAGGCAUGGUGGCCGACGCCAAUCCACCUCCACCUGCCGAUUCUCCGUUUGUAUUGAUGGAAUACAUGGCCAAAGCCCAUGAAGAAAAAUUGAAAGCUGUCAAGGCAGCAGAAGACACGAAAAAUGCCGAAAUUAAAGCUUUAAAGACACAAUUGGCGGAAGCUCAGCAGGGAAUGGCCGCCCCACCACCCCCACCAGCUGCUUUGGAUGUAGCACCUGUGGUGGAUCCCAACUUGGAAAACCUCUCCAAGGAACAACUCAUUGCAGCUGUCGGGCAAUACCAAAAUUGGAUGGCCAACUACAUUGUGAGUGCUCAGGAACAAAAACAAAAAGCAGUUCAGGAGGUGUUGGAUGCUGUGGAAAAGAAAUACAAGGAAGCCAUGGAUGCAGCACCCAAGCCAGCAGCUAAAGACCCAGCAGCUAAAGACCCAGAAGCUACAGAGCCAGAGGCAGCUACAGAGCCAGAAGCCCCCCAACCAGCAGCUACAGAACCAGAAGCCCCCGAGCCAGCAGCUCCGGAACCCAAUGUCAUUCCAGCCAUGAACGAUGUCACGGCGCCUCCUAGCACGACGGAGACUCCUGCCCAACUAUUUUAUGCCCAACGAACCGAAGCUGUGGCAGCUGCUGCUACCGCCGGAAAAUCUCGCUGGGGAGACAAGGAAACUCAAAAAGCCCAAGAGGCCAUUUUUGCCUCUCUCAAACAACAAGCGGAAGUUCCACCUGCCAAUGCACCACCUGCAGAAGCAGCCCCACCCGCCAUCAAUGAGGUGGCCCCACCAGUUCCACCCAAUACGGUCUUGUACAGCUUACGCAAUCAACGUGUGGCCGCUUCGGCCAUGGCAGGAAAAUCACGUUGGGGAGACUUGGAACUCCAACGUGUCUACUACCUUGCACAGCAACAGCCCCCGGUUCCAGCACCUCCCGUGACACAACUCGAACCGGCACCUGAACAGCCCAUGGAGUCGCCAGCGGAAAUGGCCACCAAAGUAGAAGAGGCCGAUCAUGGACUUCGCAGUGAUGGUGGGGUGGGCGGAUUGACAUUGGCCGAACGAGUUGCCAUGGGAGCGGAAGCUGCGGCUGUUGUUGAGGCCGAUCAUGGAUUGCGUGCUGAUGGUGGUGUCAGCGGACCCAGUCUUGCCGAGCGUGUCAACUUGGGGGCCCAGAUUCUGGGCCAGUAACAGAACGGGAAAAUAGGACUAGAGUGUCUGCGAUUGUGUGGCAAACGAACAACGGAUAACGCGACAAAAACGAAAAUGAUUUGGAUGGAGUAAUUGUGUGCAUAGCAAAGCCACUAGCUAGUAGGAACGUCAUGAUGCCUUAACUUUUACUAUUUGGAAGGAAAGGUGAUCCUGUAAUGAAGAAGCAACAGCGAUAGUCAGCCGGCGAGAAAUCAGCACAUUGUACUUCACAGACCGCUCAGACUUGUUCUGAUCACCAGUUUGCAGCA